UCCCUCCAAAAAUAGUACAGGAACGGCACCUCUCAAGAACAGACUAAGACUAGACCAGGACCCGCACCUCGUCAACUUCAAACUUCGAGGCUUCCUUUUCCUUUCACCAAUUUGUUUGUCUAGAGGAUAAUGAUCAUGGCAAUCCAACUGCUCUUGCGCAGGUCAGCUUUCGAGGAAACUCAUUGACCAAUUAGCAAAGACAAAAAUGGUGAAUAUCCGCCGCGUAAACAGCGAACGCCUUCCCAAGUCCUUAGGUUCACCAAGGGCAGAGGUAGGAGAGAUUGAUACCAGGGCGCCGUUCCAAUCUGUCAAAGCUGCUGUUAGUCUAUUUGGGGAAGUAGCUGUUUCCAGGGAGAGACGCACUCCCAGAAAAUCAAGACUUUCUGCAGAGAAUGUGAUAGACAAGGAGACGCAGCUUCUCUUGGCGCAGAAAGAAAUUACCAAUAUAAAGCAAAAGCUGGAGUGUGACGAAAGCACAAAGGCCAAGGCAGAUUUUGAUCUUGAAAGCGCAAAGAGAACAUUGCAGGAUUUGACCAGCAAACUUGAAACAAUAACCCAGUCCAAGCAAUCCGCAAUUGAAGCUACAGAGGCAGUGAAGGAGCAAGCCAGGCAACUUGAACUGCAAAAAUCAAAGAACCAUCAAGAAAGCAAUGCACGUAAAAUGGAACUGGAUUAUGCGAGGGAGCAAUAUAUGGCCGUUGCCACGGAGCUUGAUGCCGCAAAGCAAGAGCUCAAUGAAAUCAGGCAAGAUUUUGAUGCAGCCUUGGAAGCAAAGUUGGCCGCAUUCCAACAGGCGGCAGAAGCACAGCGUCGCUCUAAAAUGCAUGCUGAAAGGGUUAGUGAGCUUUCGAAAGAAAUCUCGGGCAUGAAGGAGGCAAUUCAACAAGUAAAGUUUGCCACCCAACAGGUGUACCAAGAACGGGCAAACAUCGCGGAAGAGAAAGAUGCCCUACAAAAAUCUUACAAGAGCGCCAAGGAGGAAACGGAAAACAAAUUGGUAUCCUCGAGGAAAGGAUAUGAUCCUGAGCUGACGAAAUAUCUGGAGGAGAAGCUCAUGGAAACAACAGCGGAGGUCGAAGCAUUGCAAGAAGAGAUGAGAAAAACCCAUGCUUUAGAAAUGGAUUCUGUGAGAGUUAUAACUAGUGAGCUUAAUGAAGCUACGACAACACUGCAACAAGUAGCGGAUGAAGAAUGCUCUCUUCGGAAUUUAGUGAGCUCCCUUAGGCUGGAAUUGGAAGAGGUGAAGAGCGAACGACAAGCUGAAAUGGACAAAGAAGCAAAAGCUGUUGCCGAACAAAAUGAGUUAAGGGAGCACAAUUUCAGACUCCAACAGCUGUCAUCAGAAAUUGAAAAUGCAAGGAGAGAAGAAGAAGAGAUGAAGAAAAGUACUGAAGAGCUGAAAAUAGAAGCUGAAACCGCAAAAGUAGCGGCAGAGGAGGCACAGCAAAAGCUAGAACGUGCUUUGGAGCAGGCUGAAGAAGCAAAAGCAGCACAGCAAAAGGCUGUUGAUGAAGUGCAUGUUUUGUCUGCAAAAGAGAUCACUGGUAACACGGAAUCCAGUGGCAAGAUUAUAAUCUCCAUGGAGGAAUUUGAAUCUUUGAAUAGGAAAGUGGUCGAAUCUGGGGAUAUGGCAGAGAGGCAAAUAGCUGACGCAAUGGCUGAGCUGGAAGCAAUUAAUGCCAGAAAAAGUGAGACAGAAAAAAGGUUGGAAGCAAGUUUGAAAGCAAUGGAGGAAAUCAAGGCUGCGACAGAACUGGCUGAGAAGUCAGCGACGAUGGCAGAGGCGGCACAGGGCGUGAUUGAGGGUGAGCUUAAACGACGGCGUCAACAAGAACAAAUGGUUGCACCUUAAAGCCUAGCUUAAGCUGCUGCACCCUAAACAAUCUGUUUCCCCUCACACUGUCCUCCCUUGGUUGGAACAAAUUAAACAAAACAAAAGAUGCCAAUUAACUAUCCAGCAAUUUGGGUUUGCGUAUGCAUUUGCCUCUUUAGUUCUAUUAUA